AUGGAAACCCUAAUUUCUAGCAAAAAAUCCCCUUCAGAGAUCCCAAUCAACUCAUCUUCUUCUCAUGAAAAAGCUCCAACUAAACAACUAUCUAAACCAAACCAACCCAAAUCAGAUUUUCAACAUUUGUUUAAACAGAAGGGUAAUGAAAAUGAUGAUUCAAUUCGUGGAUCUGAAGUAGAACUAAAACUCUUUAGCAUGGGUUCUUCGUUUCAAUCCAAAGAGUUGUUAUCAUCUAUUGAAACCAUACGCAACAGAAAACAACCAAAACAAAGAGGCUUCUCAUGCAAUUUUUGCAACAAAAACUUUUCUACAUCACAGGCCCUAGGGGGGCAUCAAAACGCGCAUAAACAAGAGCGUGCAAUAGCAAAACGACGGAAGGAGAUGGCGAUGGGGGCUCUAGGGCAUCAUCAUUUCUCUUAUUAUCCUUUAUCAACUUUAAAUCAUCAAAUCCCUUUUUAUGGAUCUUAUAAUAGAUCACCACUUGGGGCUAGUCUGCAGUCUCCGCUGAUUCGAAGGCCAGUUGCAACGUUUCCAUGGGUCCCGCUCCGGGAUCGGUUGGGCAAUGGACAACUCCCGAUGAAUUCAAGGUUAGAUUAUGAAAAACUGAGGCAACAAGGUGUGAUGCAGGCUCAUAAUGGUUCGAGCAUUGCGGCUAAUAAGCCUCCCACUAGUGGUGACUAUCUGAAGGGAGAGGGUCUAUUACAAAGUGAACAUCAGGAUGAUCAAGCAUCAAAACUUGAUUUAUCUCUCAAGCUUUAG